ACCAUAGCAACCGUAGCGAAGCACUUCAAAACAAUCACGCAUUACUUUUAGCGUAAUUCAAACAUUAUCAACAUGGAUUUAAGACUUAUGGAUAAAUUACGUUUAUUAAAAAUCGACACGGAUCUGCGUCCCCAGAUAAAAAUGAAACCGUUGAGUCGAUAUUAUUUCGUGACGUCCACUAAUCCGAACGAACAGUUUUUCGUGUUUGCCUCGACAGCGGCCUGGUUGAUAAGGAAGUGUGGCAAGGAUUUCGCUCAGCCCAACGAAGAGGACGAUCCUAACACAAUCAUAGCUGCAGUAAUUGAUGUACUCAAAGAAAACGAAGUUAAUGUAGAUUUCUCUUCGCAUAAACUAAAACAAGGAUGGGGCGAUCAAGUUUGUAGUAUCCUGAAUAUUCUCGCAGAUGAAGCAUUGAAAAAAGAAAACUUUGAAUGGCAAAAACCAGUUGUUGACAUACCAGAAUCAGAAGAGUCGGUUGAUGACAUUGAUCAAGUUGAAGACGAAACCGAAAUAUUACUGGACAAAGUUGAAGAUGAAAUGCCCAUUUAUUCUGAUGAAUCUGAAGGAGAUAUUAAUGCAGACGAAAAAGAACCAAGUAACAUAGCCCAAAAGGUUCACGAUUGGGAAGCGUGGAAGUUGGAAUUGGAAAGGGUCGCUCCGGCUCUAAGAUUGAAGAUAUCCGCCGAUGGACGCGACUGGCGAGCGAGACAUGCACAGAUGAGGAGUUACAAAGAAGAGUUAUUCGAUAGAUUUAAAACAACGGGAACCCAGCUGAAUAAAUUGCACAGUAGCAUUUCAUCGGCUAUGGAUAAGGUAACGGCCAGGGAGAAUAUAUUGAAUGAGCAAUUCGAGCCUCUUGUCAAAGAAUAUGGUUCUCUACUCGACGAACUAAACAAAGUGUCAAAUGAAUAUAAAGAGGCCAGUGUAGGUAUCACUGAAAGGCAAGACAUGUUGAACGAGCUUUCAACAAAGCUAGAGAAUAUUAAACAAAGAACCGAAUCUAAAGGGUCCUCGAUGAACGACAAUUCUCCUCUAGUUACAGCAAAGAAAGCUGUCGCGACCUUGAAGAAAGAUAUACAGGAAAUGGACUUUCAGAUCACGGUGUUGCUGUGGCUUCUGACAACAAAGGAAUCGAAUGGCAACAGUUUACUUAAUAACAAGGAAUCUGGGAUGAUUGCCAACGAAGUGUACUAAAUACAAUCUAUACUAAUACAUCAAUCUAGUGGUUUUUACGGAUGUUCCGUUAUAACUACUGAACCGUGCAUCCGAUUGACUUGAAACUUGGUAUCCAUGUAGAUAAUACAUGUACUUAAUGGAUAGGCUAACAUUGAUGUGUUGGACUCCCUACACCAGUUGCGGGGGCGUUAAUGAUGAGAAUUUUUGUGGGGUUGAGAAAUAAUAAUGUUUAAAUGCCCAGCGAAGCGGAGGGGUUCAGCUAGUUAAUUAUUAUUUUAGAUUGAUACAGUAUUUGUACGAAGUUUUUGGUGUGUCGCUAUUAAUGUUGGCAAAUCGAAUCCAAGGUUUGCCACUAAGCAGUCUCAACAAAAUAAUUCUGUCAAAACGAAAUGGUUUGUUAUUUGUUGAAUGCAAUGUAUGGUUUAAUACGACUAUUUUGCCCGACUUUAUUGGACUACCGAACAAUGCAUUUAUAAGACAUGAAAUGUAUUAAUGUCUUGUUUCAAUAACUGUUUGUAGUUUUUUAAGAUUUAUUUUGUCUCAUGUAUGCAAACUCUUCUUUGUACUACUAGGCUACUUUGGUCAUAUUGUCAGUUAGGAACCUAACAAUUGUCACAAACUGGUGGCGUUGUGGCUAAAGUAAAUUGCAAAAGGCCUCAUAGAUGCCCUUGCUUUUACCAAAUGAAGACAUUCAUUGGCCUACCUCACUUCAGCUCUUAGAGUUGCUGAAAAUCGACGACCUCAGUUAAAAGAAGAACACGAUCAAGAAGGAUCAGAAAAAAAAUUGUAAAUUUUGAUGACAUUAAUUUUUAUAUUGGUGGGCUAUAAAUAAAUACCUAUCAGCGUUUUAUACGGUUUUCUCGAGUCGUAGACAUAAUUAAAAUUAAUUCUACGAUUUAAUAUAAUAUGCUUUUCAUAGUUUUUUUUUACACGGACGUCGGGCCACGACAACUGUAAAAGUAUUCGAAACUCUUUUUCUUUUUCUCUACCUUAUCCCACUAGGUGGGGUCGGCACAGCAAAUUUUUCUCUUCCAUUCUCUUCUAUCAGCCGUCAUCUCAACACUCACUCCUCUCUCUCUCUCUCUCUCUCUCUCAUAUCGUCAUUCACACACUCCAUCCAUGACCUCUUCCCCCUCAAAGUAUUCGAAGCGUCGGAUAUAAUAAUUCUAGGAGUGAGAGGCUAUUUGGUUUCAGCGACAUAUUUGCAACUUUACAGGACUCAUAUUCAAAGUUUAAAAUUUGGAAAAAAUAUCAUACCAAAAAAACUUCUUUAGCUAUUUGAUUGGGGUAAACUUAAUUGAAUAAAAACAUCGAAGUGUUGAUGCUAAUACCAAAUAAAACGGACCUUUAGUUACAUCGAUAAAUGUCGAGCCAAAUAACCUGUCACCCCACGAUACAAUGAAGAAAAAAAAAACGCGAUAUUAAACUGUAAAAGAUAUAUUAAUUAAUAUCUGUUAGAUUUUUGAAUUGCGACUUAAAUAUUGUAUUACAAAAAGUAUUGUACAAGUAGUAUUGACGUCAUUUUAUGACCAUUCCUUUGCGGUUGAGGCUGUCCGUUUAUGGAAUGCGUUACCCUUAAGCGUUAAACUAUCUUCCUCGCCGGAAAUUUUCAAGUCCAGAUUGAAAUCGCACUACUUUGCUUCUAUGAUAUAACUGUAUAAGUUCCUACUUCUUUUGUAUUUUAUCUUGUAUAUUUUUAGUAUUUAUUUGUAUUUAAUCGUAUGUAAGUUUAUCUUAUAUGGUAUUUAUUUUUCACAUGUGUAUUUAAGUAUAUAUUUUUAUGUAAGUUUAUUAAGAUAUAGCACCGUCCAGUUAACUUAUUCCUCUCCCUGCAAGGUUGCCUGGAAGAGAUCGCUUUCAGCGAUAAGGCCGCCGAUUUAUAUACCGACUUUUGUUUUGUUACUUUACUGUGUACAUAUUAAGGUGUUAUAUAAAUAAAGAGUUAUUAUUAUUAUUAUUAUUAUCAAUAAAAAUAAAAUAAUACACU